AUGCGCGGUACGACCACAGCUACAGAGGGCGCGCGCGUGCCCGGAAAAGGGUGGACACUCGAUCUCUCAUUACUACCUGCCACCCCGUCCUUGUACGUACGUAGCACUCUCUGCCCGACGUCGCGGCAGGCGUUCGUCCCUCCGACGGGGUGGGCGGCGGUUCCAGAAAACCACAUCAGCAGAACUGGAGACUUGCACUUGGAAUGCCCCGAGGAAGCGGGCUGGGCCCCGCAAACGGGCGCCCGAUUGGGGCAAAGUUCGCGGGGGCUUUGGGGCUUGUCUUGUCCCGUGGGUGGGAUGGACGGGCGUGGCAAGCGUGGAUGA